AUGGCAAUAUAUGGUUCUCAUGCACAGAAUAAUUUUGCGCUACUUAAUCUCUCCGCGGCUUCAUUAAACGCGCAGGUUGUCAGAGGCACAAACAAGGUCGAUGCCUCCACACUGAGACCCGGUUAUGAUGUUUACGAUAAGGAGCUGCUUUUACGUUAUGGUGCCUACAUUUUUUUCAAAAUGAGAAGCAUUGUUCCUGCGUGA